UUAUGGCGAACUUUGCAAAAUCGAAAGUGAAACAUUUGAAACGCUGAUCCAAAUGGGAAAGUAUUUCUGUGGUGUAGAAGGAGGUGCUUCUUUUUCUAAAGUGGUAUUAGUAAAUGAGGAUGGAAAAGUUCUUUGUUGGGAAGAUGGACCAUCAACUAAUCAUCUACUUGUAGGACUUGAAGAAUGUCAGAGAAGGAUAUAUGUUAUGGUAGAUAAACUUAAAGAGAAAGCUGGAAUUGGGAAAGAUACAAAACUUGAUGGAAUGGGCUUAGCUUUGAGUGGUUGUGAACAAGAAGAAAGUAACAGACAGUUUGAGAAAUCAUUAUUGAAAAAUUAUCCUCUUUUAUCAACUUCUUGUGCAGUUGUUAGUGAUACUGUUGGUUCCAUAUUGACAGUUAAUCCAAAUGGUGGUGUUUGUUUAAUUGCUGGAACAGGCUCCAAUUUACUGGUUCUAAAUCCUGAUGGAACAACAGCUCGUUGUGGAGGCUGGGGACAUUUGUUAGGUGAUGAAGCUUCAGGAUUUUGGAUUUCACAGAAAGCAGUUAAAACUAUAUUUGAUACUGAAGAUAAUUUUAACCCUUCAUCAUAUGAUAUAUCUGUUGUGAAAAGAAUUGUAUUGGAUCAUUUCCAGGUUGAAGAUAAAUUUGGUCUCUUAGAACAUUGUUAUGUAAAUUUUAGUAAAACAUUUUUUGCUGGUCUUUGUGCCAAACUUGCAAAAGUUGCAAUAGAAGAUGAGGAUCCUUUGUGUUGCUUUUUAUUUAAUGAAGCAGGAAAAGCACUUGGAAAACAUCUCAUUGCUGUACUUCCACAGAUCCAUCGAAGUUUAUUAACAGAAAAAGGUGGGCUUCCUAUUUUGUGUGUUGGUUCUGUCUUUAAGAGUUGGAAACUUUUACAAGAAGGAUUUCACUCAGCUCUUGAUGGAAAACUUCAGGAAUUCACUCUUCUCCAAUUAACUGAAUCAUCUGCUCUUGGUGCUGCAUAUUUAGGAGCAAAAGCCACAGGUUACGAUCUUCCUUUGAAGUUUAAGGAUCAUUAUAGAAUCCGUUAUCAUUUUAAAAAUUGAUUAUGUACAGUAAUUUUUUUUGUACAUUUUUAUUAUAUUUUGAAAUUUAUUUGUAUACAGAAUGUAUCAUUAUUAUUUGUAAUAUAACAUGUAUAAUUUUCAAGAAGUUUUAAGAAAUGUAAGGAAAAGAAAUGUUUUGUUUUCAGCAAGUACUGAGAGUCUCAGACUAGUGCCUUUUUUUUAAGGUCAUACCAUAUACAAAUUAUGUAAAUUGAAAACCUGAAUGCAAUAAACACACAAAUCAUGUAAAAAAAAUGUUAGUGUCUAGAAAUCAAAGUAUAUUAUUAUUUAUACCUUAGUAGUACUGUGAUGUAAUAUUACAUGAAAUAUCUUUCAUUUUUGGAAUUGGGGAAGAAAAAUACAAUAAGAUUUGCUAUAAAAAAAAGGAAAAAAAAAGGCACAAACCACAUGUCAAUAACACAUCUGCUGUAGAAUACAAAGAAUGAAAUGUCAAAUGUGGACAGUUUGUGGCCUGAACUAGAUUCAAAUUUAUUUGGAAAUAUUUAAAAAAUAAUAAAAUGAUUUAUGAAACAUUAUUAUUAACAGUAACAGUGUCCUCCUAUUCAGGGAAGGCUUUUAAUUUUAUUGUCUUAUGUAUUGUCCCCUUCAUAAAAAGCUAUCCUAUUCUUUCCUGUAAAAUAGUUCUUUGUCUCAACUGAUCUUGCCAUUUUUAUGUCUUAGCUACAUCUAGACUUUAAUUUUAGUAUAUUGACAUAUUAAUAAAAAAUACACACCACACCCUUUGUGGGUGAGACUGGGGCUAACAUUAGAUUUUCAAAUGGGACUUAUCAAUUUUUUUUUGUACUUGUUAUUUUUCAAUAAAGAAUCUAAAAUUUUAUUCUAAACAAUUAUUUAAUUAAUGUUAAUUUAAAACGUUUUUAGUAUCUUUGAAAAAUAAUACUUAUAAACUGUUAUAUGCUAUGUUAUGGCAGAGAUCCAUGUUUCUCAAACAUUCUUUGCAUGCUGGACGUUUAGCUGUUGAGAAUAAACCAGUUACUAUUGGAAGCUGAAAAUUGAAUGCAACAACCUGCGAUUACAUCUACUUGUUAGAAUUUGUCAUGGAUCGCUGUCAAUGCAAUCUGAAAAUAAACAACCAUUUAGGUGUUGUUUUGACAAUACUGACUACAGAUUAUGGACCAGAUAGCCGAUUCCCAUAGACUCGAUGGUAGUUGGUCUUAGGAUUAUAGUGCCCUCACCGGUAACAGGCAGAAAGAACUAGUUAAUUUAAUUCUAUUAAUUAAUUUUAAAAAUAGAAUGUUUAUUGAAUUUGAAGACUAAUUUGAACUGAUACAUUUUAAAAAGAUCUGAUAAACUAAUUGUAUUUUUUUAAAUAAUUUUAUUUUUUAUACAAUGUAAUAAUUUUGAUUUUGUAAGGGUGGAUAGCAAAAACAAGCAAAACAGUAUACAGUAUUUAAUUUGAAAAUCAUAUGUGAGGGAGAUAUCAGUACAUUAUUUUCUGUUAAUAGACUAAGUAGAUGAUAUUGUUAAUACUAAUUGACUUUAAUAAAAUUAAAUGUCAUAUCUUUAAUUUGUCCAUUUCUAUUAUUAAAUAAAUUACAUAUUUAUAAUUGAUAUUUUGAUAUAUUUAGGAUUUCAAGAUUUGGUAAAAUUAUGUUUUAAUUAUGAAUAAUAAAAGUUUAUAAUAAUUUUAAAAAGGAUAUUUUUAAAAUCAAGAUGGCAGAUUCCAAAUCAUUCAUAUUAACAGAAUAUAUAUACCUACCUUAUAUACUUGAAAACUUAAAUAAGACAAAGGAUUAUGUCCAGUCAAAUAUUGUGUGAGGAUCAUCUUCACCACAUGAACUAUCCAAACAAAAUGAAUGGUUUUGCCUGUUACUGGUAAGGGUGCUAUGAACACUAAGAGUCAGAUAUCUGCCCAUAAUCUAUGAUGUGCCUCAAAUUUUUCUUGUCACUUAUUGUAAUAAUAUUUGAUGGUAAACUGCAGUCUGAAUAAGUCACAAGAAACAUUUCAGGAAAUGGCUAAAUUAAUGAUUUUUUUUUUAAAGUAGCAUUAUUAUAAAAAUGAAUACUUUUGUUCUUGCUUUCUCAUUCUUUUUUACUAUUUCCGUUGUCUUUGUGGAUGCAGUCAUUUUUGUUUACGAGCACUCACACGCCCGUAAUUCGCAAUGUCAAUUAGUUGUAGUGGACUCGUACAUUUUGUUGUAAAAAAAAGGGCGACUUGCUUUCUACACAAGAACAGCAGGAACAACAGAGAGAUCUGCAUUUUUUCUCACACUUUUGAUAUGGUUAGUGACAAAUACACAAGUCCAGCAACCCACUAGAAUUUCUAAAAAAAAUGGACUAGUGCAUUUCUUACAGUCAGGUCUUCAAUUAUGUAUUAAGUUUUGUAUUACACUACAACACAGUAUUAAUAAAGAUAUGAUUUAAA